AGUGGCGGCGGGCGGCGACGGCGCAGGAGCCGGGGGUUGAGGACACGCGCGCUGGCCCUUCCACGCCGCGGCCGCCGCCGCCGCCGCCACCCAGAGCCAGAGGCGCCGGGGCGCGGGCGAGCGGGUGGGCCGGGGCAGGGCGGGCAUGGCGCGGACCCCGGGCCCGGCCCCGUUGUGUCCUGGAGGCGGCAAAACACAACUUUCCUCUGCUUCUGCUCCCGCGGCCGGGCUGCUGCUGCUGCUGCCGGCCCCGACGCCGCCGCCGCUGCUCCUGCUGCUCAUUCCCCUGCUGCUCUUCUCCCGGCUCUGUGGUGCCUUAGCUGGAUCAAUUAUCGUGGAGCCACAUGUCACAGCAGUGUGGGGAAAGAAUGUUUCGUUGAAAUGUUUAAUUGAAGUGAAUGAAACUAUAACACAGAUUUCAUGGGAGAAGAUACAUGGCAAAAGUACACAGACUGUUGCAGUUCAUCAUCCUCAGUAUGGAUUCUCUGUUCAAGGAGAUUAUCAGGGAAGAGUCUUGUUUAAAAACUACUCACUUAAUGAUGCAACAAUUACUCUGCAUAACAUAGGCUUCUCAGACUCUGGAAAAUACAUAUGCAAAGCUGUUACGUUCCCACUUGGAAAUGCCCAGUCCUCUACAACUGUGACUGUGUUAGUUGAACCUACGGUGAGCCUGAUAAAAGGGCCAGACUCUUUAAUUGAUGGAGGAAAUGAAACAGUAGCAGCCGUUUGUAUAGCAGCCACUGGAAAACCAGUUGCACGUAUUGACUGGGAAGGUGAUCUUGGUGAAAUGGAAUCUACUACAACUUCCUUUCCCAAUGAAACAGCCACAAUUGUCAGCCAGUACAAGCUCUUUCCCACGAGAUUUGCUAGAGGAAGGCGAAUUACUUGUGUUGUCAAACAUCCAGCCUUAGAAAAGGAUGUCCGAUACUCUUUCAUUCUAGACAUCCAAUAUGCUCCUGAAGUUUCAGUUACAGGAUAUGAUGGAAAUUGGUUUGUGGGAAGAAGAGGUGUUAACCUCAAAUGUAAUGCUGAUGCAAAUCCUCCACCCUUCAAGUCCGUAUGGAGCAGGUUGGAUGGGCAAUGGCCUGAUGGUUUAUUGGCUUCUGACAAUACUCUUCAUUUUGUCCAUCCACUGAAUUUCAAUUAUUCUGGUGUUUAUGUCUGUAAAGUGACAAAUUCCCUUGGUCAAAGAAGUGAUCAAAAGAUCAUCUACAUUUCAGACAUCCCACUUAAGCAGACUUCAUCCAUAGCAGUAGCUGGAGCUGUGAUUGGAGCUGUCCUGGCCCUCUUCAUCAUCGCUGUCUUUGUGACUGUGUUGCUAACACCGCGGAAGAAGAGACCUUCCUAUCUUGACAAAGUAAUUGACCUUCCACCUACACAUAAGCCGCCCCCUGUGUAUGAAGAACGAGUUUCUUCUCUGCCUCAAAAAGGCCUUCUGUGUCAGGCUGAACACUUGCCGUUGCAGACUCAGUUCAAAGAGAAGGGAGCUAGUUGUCUUCAGUCCUCUAAUGGACUAAAUAGCAGAUUUGAUUAUGAAGAUGAGAACACAGUACAAGAGGAUGGAUCUCAGCAGAUGUACCCCCUUUACAACCAGAUGUGCUACCAAGACCCAAGCCCUCACAAACAUCACUCAAACAACCCUGAGAGACCCUACAUCCACCCACGAGAACAUUAUGUGUGAUUUUCCUCUUGUUGUAACGCGUGUUCUAACGAAUGCUUAUUCUUAGAUUUGAGAGAGAAACUGAGGCAUCUAAACAGUUUCAGUCUGAAUGUGUUGGAACUUUGAAGAUGGCUCUGAACUACUAGUGGAUUUCUUAACUUCAUUAAGGGUUUCUUAGCCACCAGCUGUGUUUGCGAACUUGCCUGUAGCUUUGCAUCUCUGUAACUUUGGUGUUUAACUACUAACAUUGUCCUACAAUGGCAUGUUCAUUUGAAAUCUCGGCAGCUGCCUGUGAUGACUGCAGGGAAAGGGCCCAGCUGCUGGCAGCCACUCUGCUUGGGUCUCAGGCAGUGCUCGUUUGUAAUUUAAACAGGUGGGAAAAGGAGCUCCAAAUCCAGUUCACUAAUUAUUAAGCUGGGAUUUAGAUAUCCCUAACAUUUCAGUACGAUUACAAUACCUUUGUACAGAAGCCAAGGAAAGAGGCGGACUUGCCUCUCUCCAAACAACAAAAGCAAUGAGAACCUUCAAGCCUCCGAGUGCUUGUGAACCAGUUUUAUGUUAAGUGUCCUUCCUGGCCAUUAGGCUCCAAGGGCUUCUUCACAGGGCCAUAUGCCCUCUGUCCCCUCAUGACGAGCUGUGUCUGUAAAGUCUCCCACUUUGUCCUUGUUGCGUCAGCCUUUUUCCCACUAACUGAGUCCUAAAAUCCCUGUCAAAAUGGGCUGCAGUCCCGUUAGCUUUGCCCUUCUUUUUCUGAACGUGUCAAGCUCAGCUUUCACUUCUUAAACUGAUUUCAAGCCAGUCUCCCUCCACGCAGGCUUUAGCUAGCUACUCUUCUGCAUUCUUUACUUUUCUUCCCUGUCUUAUCUACCUCAACAAACAAACCAGCAAGCCUACUGGAAAUCACCAUAAAAUAACUCCCACUCUUAAAAGCCAGGAGAAAAAUUUGAAAACUAUUUUUUUGUAAUAUUACUUCUAUAUGACAUGUUGGCUCAGUCUGCAUGUUCUCUAUUCCUCCUCCCCACAUCACCUGGUCAACAAGCCUAAAGAGAUACUCUAAAUUGGAUAAUACAGUAGCCUCUCUGCCAGGGUGAACAGCUACACCGUGAUGCUGUUAUGCCUGCUCAUGUCUGCCUGGAAUCCUCUCAUCUCCCUCUGCCAACUGUCUAUCACUGAGACUGACAAUGGUCACAGAAGGAAACCUAAAGCAAAAGGAUCAUGGGCACAUCUUGAGGAUGUCACUUUACUAUGUAUUCUGGAUGGUCAGAGCAUGUCACAGGAAUUAAAAAAAAAAUAAAGCACUAUGUACUUGUUACAUAUUAAGAAAGAGUGGUAUCAACAUCAGAACAAACAGUAUACAUUUCCAGCCUAAACCACAGAGGAAAUAAGAACAUUCCCAGAUUUAUAGUGAAAUACCAAAGAUACUUUAUUCAUGCCACACUGGCCUUGGGUUCCCCUUUGCUUCUUUUUAUUGUUUGUCAGGCUUUCAGAUAAGCCAUGAAGUUGGUUCUGCUGUAGUAGUAUACCCACCCAAACCACUUCCCCUUAUCAGCAGUUCUAGGAGCAAGAAUACUCAAAUUCCAUCCUACUUCUUUGUUUAGGAUUGGUGCCUUUAGCGGUGACAGCUCCAGAGCACCCUGAGUCCCCCGUCUUCUCUGCUCCAUCCCUGUGCUGCUCUGGGUGUAGUUGUCUGCCUUUGUAGCAAGGACCAUGGCCAACUUCAUUGUUCAGGACGCCACCACUAACUCACUAACUAAGUCAGUGUACCUCCAGUUACAAGAUUCCUUGGGGUUGGUUUCCAGUAGAUAGACGGUAUAGUUUUCUUGGGUAGUGAACAUUUCAUUAGACCUCAAUAUUAGGGGCCAGAUUGCGGAGCACCCCUGCUUUAGAAGGCUUUAAAUAUCUUAACACAGGAGAGAGUUGCUAGAUUCCUGCUGGGAAGCAGGUCAUAGAGUCCACUUCACAAAAGCUAGUUGUGGACACAGAGGGAGGGAAGGGGAUGGCAUCGUUUGUGACCGAGAAAAGGAUCUGGAAGCCUCUUGUCCACCGUCUCCCUUUCAACGAAUCUUAGUAUUGUUAUGAAAAGGCUAUUUUAGGGUGUGGGUAUUCUCAUGCAGUCAGCUAGUUCACUAUCAUCUGCGCCUUUCUGUCAGCUAGGAAAUUUCUUAGACAUACUGCUAUGUUUGAUAGUUGUUGACCCCAGACAGUCACAUAAGCUUCAUAAUAGCUUAUUCUGGUAUCUCCUGUCUGCUAUUAAAAAGUUAACCAAAUACAGAACAGCUUUAAAGGGGGUUGAUUAACCAGUCCCCUCAACAACCAAAUAUUGCCACCCAAAAUUAGUCUGCUAAUUUUUGAACUUCUGAAUUUGGAGCCUAGAAGACUUGAUGGUACCAUUUAAAUUUGGAAGUUAGACUCUAAAGGUCAGUAAGUGAGGUUGAGGGACAUGUUCACAGCUGCUCAUGCUCUGCCCAUAACUGUUCUGUCAAAGUUCACUGAAACAGGAGUAAAUUGGUAUGGCAUUUCCCAUGUACUGCCGCCACUCUGCAUUCCAAGGAGACGGGUACAUGCUCACUCUCCUCCCAGCCUCCAUUGCCUAUUUUACCUGCCAGCAUUGUGGCUGCAGUAGCAGACCCAGAUUUUUUGCAUCUCACUACAGUGAAGCAUGUGUACUAGCUAGGAACAGUCUGACUUAAUGAAGUAAGAAUGCAAACAGCAGUGAUUUGUUAUGUCUUCUAUGAGAGUUCGUUUCAGCCUGACAUUUUGUAUGCUUUAUAUUUGAAGACAUUUCUAUGCUCUUUGGAGUAUAUGAAACUCUUAUCCAUGCUAACCAUCUGUAUAACAGGUGAAUAUGUGUGCACCCACACACCCAUACACACACAGAAGACAAAAGAAAUCCCCAGUAAGUGACCAAGUUCUCAACAUUAUUAUUUUAUAAGUCCUAUUUGCUCAGAGAAAGAAGACCAAGUCCUUCUCCCCAAGUUGUCUUUUGUAGAAGUCUAAAUUUCAAAAAGUUUGUUUGUUGCUCUUCUUUUCUUGCAUUCACUGGUGGUAUUCUUACUAUAAUAUACAGCUUGCCUUGAAAUUAGAGGAUCCCCUGUUGUUUUCAGAGUCAACAGGACAGGUCAAUACCCAGCUUUACCCAUAACUUUAAAAACUAAGGAAAACAAACUAUGUAGCGUAUCAGCUGUCCCCAUCCAUAACAUAGAGACCUUCCCCGUCAACCUCUCAGAACUGUGGUAAGAAUUACACUAAGGAAUGGUGGGUUCUCUCAAACAGAACUUCCUAUGACUCCACUGUUGCAUAUUGAACUUCAACCUCCAGUGCCUUUGCCAGUAUUUAGAGUACUGGAAUUCUGUAGGAGAACCAUUCAGCAUGUGAAAAUUUCAAUUUGAUCUAAUUUAAAUAUAACCAAUGGCAGGUUCAGACAUUCCAUUUAUUAUAAUAAACGUUUAUCCCAUAAAUGUUUUCUAUCUGGGCCAUGCAAGCCUAGAGACCUAAGUUUAAUCCUUGAAGUUCGCAAAAAGUAGAAGGAACGGUAAGGGCCACAACUUGGUCCCCUCACCACCACUUGAGCUCACACACCUUAUGCACAUGCAAUGAUAGUAAUAAAUAAAGGCUUACCCGUCCAGCUUUAGAUAGGAUUGAAAAUGCAUACUUUCAAAUCCACGAUUGAUUCUUUUUUUCAAGUAACUAUGAAUGAGGAGCUUUACUGAGUGUAUUGUAUGGACCGGGUUCUAGGGUCAUCAUUGUACAUGAGUCAUCUCACCUACUAGGGUCACACCCUGGUGUGUCCUCUUUCAGGAGCUGACAUGGGAACAGAAAGGUGUAUCCUCUCCCAUCACACCAUUGUAGGCUAUGCAGAUCAUCAUUCAGCUGUUACUUUUUUAAUGCCCACUUUGAUUGUUGGACAGUAUAGUUGUCUUGGUUUUCUUUCUAAAGCAGAAAUCCAAGCGCCUACAUGGAAUAAAACUAUAAGAAAUGUUAAAAUAAAAGUAAGUACAUGUGCUCACUUUUUCCCCUUCUGUCCACUAGGUUAACUUACAUUAGGUUAAGCUACGAAGGCGAAGUCAAGUCAAAUAGCACAGACCAUACCAGUUGGUUCGGCUUUACUGGGCACAAAUGUCUAUCAUUCUUUCCUGGACUUAAUUUAACAUGCUUCUUGUUAUUUGUCUUUGUCCAGUCAAGAUCCAACUCCCUAGAUUCUAACACUCAUACUGGGGACAGCUGGAAGGAAGCCAGAGAAGCAUAAAAAGGUGAAAGAUCACGAUGCCAGGGUCACGACCUGUGCCUCUCAGCUUUGUGUUUUUCUUGUUCUGGUGCUUCAACAGCAAGGCCUUUCCUUCCUUGGGUCAUCUGAAGACUCUAAAAAGAACCCAGGACUUUUAUCCUUGUUAAAACAAAACCUAAUGUUUGCAAACCUAGCCAAAUACAGAGUGCAACAACAGUAACCCUCUUAUAGCUGAUGAAUUCCUGGAUUUCUUCCAUUCAAGAAUAUUAUAAUCUGGCCUUUGCCAGCUGUUAGGCUAUGUUGGUAGCCUUUGGUAGACAGAUGUGUAAAGGCUACAUGCCUCCUCCCCAACCUCAUCGGGUAAUGGUUCACACUGAAAUCAGUAUUUAAUCUACUAUGUCAUGUGUGUUAAUAAGCCAGGAGGCUCUAGAACAGUUUCCCAGUCUCCUAUAAAGCUGAGAAAGUCCGUAGUCUGCCCUUCCAGGCAAUGUAACACCAUCUCGUGUCUAUCUGAAAGCUCUCAGAAGUAAAUCCAGCAAUAUUCUUCCUAAUUGUGUCAGCCAGACCAUGUUGUGUUUGACUUCUCCACAGUCUGUCGGACUUAUCUAUGGGAGGGCUAGCCCUACACAAUGUGUGCCAAUCCACUUUUCAUUAUCACCACCAAGUUGGCCACAGACAUAUUCACUUGCUUGAUUAGCCAAGUGUCUGAAGUUAGACUGAAAAUAAAGCAUGUAGCAACAGCCUUAGAAGGGACCAGAGCUGCUGGUAGCACAUGGAAGACGUGUGCUCCUGGUUAGGGUGUAUCAGAUAUUAGCCAGCCACCCCUAGAGCUAAAACUAAUCAGCAUACUUCCAAGUAACUUCAAAAAUUUAAAGUCUGGUGUAACAGAAUUAGGUAAAAUUUCUUAGGUUGUCAUGCCCUCACCCUGGGAUGGGAUAGGACUAUUUACUGACUGAAGUCAAGAACCGGCUGGAGAGUUGUGCUGACAUCUAUCCAUAGUAACAACUGUAUUUUAGGAUGGACUGUCAGCACCAUCAAGAUUUAUGGAAAAAAGCAAAUUAUCUGCAAAUUGAUAGGCUUCUGUCCUCUCGUUCCAAUUACAGUGGAUUUGGCACAGUUGUCACAAGAAAAUGUUUCAUAGGAGGCAGGUCACUCGGAUGGGAAAAGAGCUGCUCUUGGUCUUAAUGUUCUAACCAAUUCCGAGUCACCAAAGGACUUUCUGAGCUAGCUCAGUCUUCUGCCACUUUAAAGGUGGAAGGCCACCCAGUUGCCCCUUUAUGGCUUUUGCAAGAAUGUUUCUAGGAUCAGAUCUCCUCGGCUCAACACAAUGGCCGGUUUUGUGACCUACCCUGGGUUGGGUUUAUCUCCACGACAUGGAAUUUGGCUGUGGAAGGUGAUUAGAGGCGAGCCAGAGGGAAAUCCUCCCUGGAAACCCAGAACAUUGGAUUUGCUACAGUGACUUAGAACUGAGCCCUGUCCUACCACAGAUGUGUCUGACAGCCAUGAGGAGAUGGGCUAUUUGUCUUCCUCCAAGGUUAAUUUCCCUUAAUGACACACAGUAGAUCUGUGAAGCCCAGAGUUGCACACAGUUUUCCAAGUGACUGGACACCAUUGUUUUGGUUUUCAAUAACCUUUCCAGGAACAGGCAGGAUUUUUAAAUCCGCCCUAGUGUAUUGAUCAAACUAAACUCCUCUCUGAAAUGGUAUGCGUAGCCCAGGGUUCUCUAUAUUUUAACUACAUGCAGCAAGUCUGUUGUGCACGCACUAGUUUAUGCCAGCCCACACCACGGCUCAGUACCCCGGGCUCUCACACACUCUCCUGCAAUACAACUGCAUGAUGCCCUUGACCUGAGUGCUUCAGUAUCCAGACCAGUGUCCAUCAUCUUUAUACGUGAAAUCCCUAAUUGUCUGUAAAAGUAUAAGUAGCUGAUGUUGCUCCUAGAUCCCUGGACUAUUCCACUUGUCCAUCAGUAAAAGUUCCUGUUGCCCCCUUUUUCACUGUUUCCAUCUCUAACCCAGUGCUAUGCAAUAAACCACCUCCACGUGGUCCUCCGCUCUCAACAUCCCUACUUCUUAGCUUUGUCCCUUCAAGUCAGUGCUCUCUACCUCACAGGGGUUGGACCCUGGUCUCGGGGAAUAAGACGGCUAAGGACUAUCUUCAAGAGAGCACCUUCUUUCAAAGUGAUUUUACAAAAGCGUCUGGGCUUAGAAAUGAGAAUCUCUCUAGCUAUUAUAUUUUUCUAUUCUUGUUUUGCUAUUUUUACCUCUGCAAAGUGAUCUCUGUCUGAAAAGAGGCCUUAUCCUGGUUUUAACCUUCCCUCUGUUAACCCCCUCACCCUGAAAUCUCCACCUUGUCUGUGCUCUGAACUUCUCACUCUGACCUAAAACUAAGUCUCUCAGUGGAAACCCCAACGCUUAUACUGCUAUUAAAAAAUAAUGAUGUCUUCUGCAGAGAAAUCUCUAGCUUUUCCUACAGGAAGCCAGUGAGGCCUCGCUUUGGCUCAGUCUAGGCCUCACAGCAAGCCUUCUUCCUCAUAUGUAAACUGAGGUAUUGCUUCCCCAUAUCUGGAUAUUGAUUCCUGGUUAAUAAAUGGUGGAAGCAUUUUACACCUUGUUCUUCAAAUGGGCAAUCUAGACAGCCCUCAAGUAGGUGUGAUCUAGCUGGAUUUGGAAUCCCUUUACCCCCAGUGUUUGUGAAAGAAACAUACCUUUCUGUCUUCUUAUAGUAGAAAUCCAUUGCUUGCUUUUUUAAUUAUUUUUAUUUCGUUGUGUAGAAAGGGUUUUAUGCUAUGUGUUCCUGCUUGUGAGAAAAGACCCAAGUUGUAAAUUUAAGCAUUAGAACUGAAAGUCAACAGUGUAUUCCAAGAAGAAAAUUCUAGCUCAGAUGUUGUAGACUAUAUAGAAAGAAGCAUAAAUAUCUGCUUAGACUUUGAUAUUAUAUUUUACAUAGUAAGUGUUACUGUGGUGGUUUAUAGACAGUCCUUAAGUUUCCAGAAAUUGUCUUUUAUUUUUGUAGUUUUGGAUUAUAUGACUUUUUAGAUAUAAAUAAAGUCUUUUUUAUCAUUUAA